AAUAUAUGUAAUUAUGAGUAUAAUCUGAGAACAGAAAGGGGAAAGGGUAAUCCUUCCUGUAACCAAUUUAACCUCUCCCCCAACCAGAUUCCUCUUCCCCUGCGUAUAUAUAAACCAAGAAAACCCAAAACGCAUACGCACACAAAUUACACAGAAAUUAUAGAAUUACAAUCAGAAUACACUUCUAACAGUAAUUGGUAUUUAAUUACAAUGAAAUUGUUGAAUUGACAUUUAUCCAGGGAUUGUUAAAUGCAUGUGGAGGUGGAUCUCUAUUGGUUCCUGCAAUUCAUAGUGACACCAUUCUUGGUGGCUUUUGGGUUGCUCCAACUCGUGAGAAACACCGCCUCUAAGUACUUCGUUGUCGACUCCAAUUUUGAGUCGGAUUACUCGUUCGAUCGCAACAAGGAGAAGAUGGCGGCCGCUGGCGGUGACGCCGCCGUUCCUUGCGCCGUCUGUGAACGGAGAGGCACGAAACAAUGCGCCCGUUGCAAGAUGGUCAAGUACUGCUCCGAAGCUUGCCAAAAAUCUCACUGGUCUGAGCACAAGAAGAAAUGCAGUGAUUUUCAAUUGUCUCAUAAAGCUAAUUCUAUGCAAUCUACAUCUAUUUUGAGGCGAAGAAAGGUUUCAUUGGUUCCUGGAGGUGGGAGCUCCAAGAUUUUCAAGCACUCGAAAGAAAUACUUUUCCCUUAUGAGGAAUUUGUGGAACUUUUUAAUUGGGACAAGCCUGGUUUUUCUCCUUGUGGACUCUUAAAUUGUGGAAACAGCUGCUUUGCUAACGUGGUUCUCCAAUGUCUUGCGUUUACCCGGCCACUUGUUGCCUACUUGUUGGAGAAAGGCCAUCGGAAAGAAUGUCAACAUGAUGAUUGGUGCUUUCUGUGUGAAUUUCAAGCUCAUGUCGAAAGGGCUAGCCGGAGUCUGCAGCCAUUUUCUCCAAUUAACAUUCUAUCACGAUUGCCUAAUAUUGGUGGUAACCUUGGCUAUGGGAAACAGGAGGAUGCCCACGAGUUCAUGAGGUUUGCCAUUGACACAAUGCAGUCAGCGUGCCUUGAUGAAUUUGGGGGAGAAAAGGCCGUUCAUCCUAGAUUCCAAGAAACCACCCUUAUUCAGCAUAUAUUUGGAGGUCACCUUCAAUCUCAGGUUAUCUGCACAAACUGCAACAAUGUUUCGAACCAGUUUGAGAACAUGAUGGAUUUAACUGUUGAAAUUCAUGGUGAUGCUUCAUCUUUGGAGGAAUGUUUGGACCAGUUCACUGCCAAAGAGUGGCUUCAUGGGGAUAAUAUGUAUAAAUGUGAUGGAUGCAAUGAUUAUGUCAUGGCAUGGAAGCGCCUUGUGGUGCGGAGGGCACCCAACAUACUUACGAUUGCCUUGAAAAGGUUUCAGAGUGGGAGGUUUGGUAAACUUAAUAAGAGGGUGACAUUCCCAGAGACUUUGAAUCUGAGCCCUUACAUGAGUGAAUCAGAAGAUGGCAAUGAUGUUUACAAGCUAUAUGCAGUUAUUGUCCACGUGGACAUGUUAAAUGCAUCAUAUUUUGGCCAUUAUAUAUGCUAUGUCAAAGAUUUUCAUGGAAAGUGGUACAGGAUUGACGAUAGCAAGGUUGCUAGUGUUGAUUUGGAUGAGGUUCUUUCACAGGGAGCUUAUAUGCUCUUAUAUAACAGGAUCCGGGCUCGCCCAUCUUGCUUACUUCCUGCUGAAUCUGUAAGGAAAGAGGAAACGGAAAACAUGAAAAUGGAAGUACAUCUAUCCCCAAAUCAGCCUAAUGAGUGCUUCUCUCCAGCAGGAUGCCUCGAUAGCCCUGUUGAUUCUGGACCAUUGGCAUCUGUUAAUUGUUCAGGACCUAAGAUCUCAAAUGGUGGGGAAGACUUAUCAUUCUCAACUGAUUCUGUUGACGCUAGAGGGGAUAUAGUGAUGGUAGAUUCUGAAGCAAGUCCUUCAAUUGUCAAGGAUGUUGAACGUUUACACAGUAAUGGGUGCUUUGUCACACCUGGAGAAGUUGAUUCAAUUGCUGAACAAGCUCAUGAACCAGCCACUGGAAAUAUUUCAAUGACUUGUACAAUUUCUCCUCAGUCUGGAGUUUACAACAUUAAACCAUCCUCCCCCAUGUCUGAUGUUGAGAAUGUAAGUGGGGGCAGCAAUGACAUGAAUGAAGGUUUAUUUGAAAUUUCCGGUGAAGCUUAUUCCAAUACUCGGAACCAUAUCUCCGAGAAAUGCAAUACAGCACAUGAUGUAUCAGCCAUGGCAGUUACCAGUGACAAAGCCCACGAUGAAUUGAACUUUACUCAUUCAUCUAUGCCUCAGAUUGCCAAGUCUGAAAAUAACAUAUCAUCCCCUCAUGGUAUUCAAGAUGUGGCAAAGAAAUCUAAUGGAUUGAGUUCUUCUGGAGCAAAGUUGAAGCCACUUCUUGCUCCUGGUUUUCUUGGCAAACGCCCAAGAGACAAAUGUGUCAAGAAAGAAGGUAUCCUUGAAGUAGCAUCAAAUAGCCACCUGAAUAGUCAAACAAAUGGGAUCGUCAAACCCAAUUUAACAUGUCAAAAUGGUUAUUUGUUGCCAGAUGAGGAGAAACAUUAUUCUGGUCGAAGCUGUUCAUCUGAUAAUUUGGAUGGGCAAACAGGGAUAUUUGACAAUGACACUGAAAUGGCCUCUGUUGAACCUGAUAUGGCUAUAAGCUUGGAAAACCGAGUUUCAAGGGAUCCAAUAGCAUUUUGUAAUGGAACUGGAAUUGACAAAACCAGUGAAAGGCUAAGGGUAGGAGGACAAAGUCUGAUUCAUCGUGGCAAAUACCAUGGAUAAAUGGAGGUAGGAACUUAAAUUGAAUUGGCAGGUUCGUGAGGUUGACACAGAGUAUGAAUUAUCACUUGUAUGUAUGCCUCUUAGUUUUGUAAGUCUUGAGUAGAAUCUUCGGACAAAGGUUUGAACCUUCACAAGUGGCUGUCUGCAGGAAAUUACGCUACCAUAGUUCCAUGUAAGUUGGAGUUUACUUGCUUAUGUCGUACUGGUGGCUGAACUGCUUAAUUGUGCUUACACAUUGUUUGGCUGAAUCAGAUAACUAUCAAGUGUCAACCAUGUAAGUACUAAUUCCGUGAAUGAUAUUUCAUAAUCAAUUCUGGGGUAGCAUUUUUUUCCUGUUUAUAUUAGUUGAUGAUCAUCACCCAAACUGGAUGUGAUGGGAUUUUUGUCCAUGGUUUCGUUGUUUACAGAAAUCUUGGAUGCUCUUUGUACCUGUUUAACUUGGACUCCUUCAAUUGAAAUGGAAUAACCUAAUUGCUUA